AACCCUACUGCAGCUAAUCUCACCUCCCCUGGAGUCAGGAGUCUCCAGUUUCCUUUUAUCCGUUUCAGCUCCAUGAGUUUCUGAGCAAAGUCCAGUUUGACAACCCUGUGGGGGAACCAGUGUUUCUGAAUGAGAACCACAGGUCUACUGCAAAAUUUGAGAUUCUGAACUUUGUGAUGUCUCCCAGUGGAACUUGUGAGUUGGUGAAAGUCGGGGAGAUGGACCCCCAGGCCCCCCCUGACCAAAACGUUUUCAUCAAUGAAGCAAUAAUCAUGUGGCCCGGGGGAUCAUCUCAGGCUCCACAUUCACGGUGCAGCAGGAGCUGUGGACCCGGAUUCAGAAAACGCACCCAGCAAGGGGAGGCCGUCUGCUGCUAUUUUUGUGUCCGGUGCCCAGAGGGGGAGAUUUCCAACCAGACAGAUGCAGAGCAGUGUGUGAAGUGUGGUGAAGAUCAGUAUUCAAACAUGGAGAGAGAUGGCUGCCUCCACAAAGCGGUGACUUUCCUGUCCCAUAAGGAACCUUUGGGACUGAUCCUGGUCUGCACAUCUCUCUCCUUCUCUCUCCUCACAGCCCUGGUUUUCGGGAUCUUCAUUAAGCACCGAGAUACCCCCAUAGUGCGAGCCAAUAACCGCAAUCUCAGCUACACCCUCCUCCUCUCCCUCAUGCUCUGCUUUCUCUGUGCUCUGACCUUCAUCGGCCAACCCACUCCGGCCUCCUGCCUCCUUCGACAAAUGGCCUUUGGGGUCGUGUUCACCGUGGCUGUCUCCUCCAUCUUGGCCAAAACCUUCACCGUGGUUCUGGCCUUCAGGGCCACGAGCUUGGGGAGCAGGGUCAGGAGGUGGGUGGGGCCCAGAGCCUCAACCUCAACAGUCCUGUCCUGUUCCCUGGUCCAAGUGACCAUCUGCAUGAUCUGGUUGGGCACUGCUCCCCCCUUCCUGGAGGUAGAUGUGCACUCUGAGCCUAGACUCAUCAUUGUUAAGUGUAACGAGGGCUCCGUGACUGCCUUCUACUGCCUUCUGGGCUACCUGGGCGUUCUGGCUCUGGUGAGCUUCACUGUGGCUUUCCUGGCCAGGAGGCUGCCCGACAGUUUCAACGAGGCCAAGUUCAUCACGUUUGGCAUGUUGGUGUUCUGCAGUGUCUGGGCCUCCUUCCUCCCCGCAUACCAGAGCACCAAGGGGAAAGCCACGGUGGCCGUGGAGAUCUUCUCCAUCUUGGCCUCUGGUGCUGGACUUCUCAGCUGCAUCUUCUUCCCCAAGUGCUACGUGAUCCUGCUGCGGCCUGACAGGAACACCCGGGAGUGGUUGAAGAGGAAAUGAACCCCCGUACCUCAGUUCAAGGCUGUUGUUUUUAACAUCCAACAUUUUUCUCAACCCCGACUUUAUUACAGUCGCAGGACAAUAGGAGAGGGAAAUCCUGUCGGGGUCCUGUCCAGGAGGGAUUUGGUGGCCAACCUGAAUCACAGGUCAGGACUGGAUGCUCCAUUGAUCACUGGGGAGUUUGUCCCCUGACCUUCUGGGCUCUUCCCUCCCCCAGGCUGAAUUCCUACAGAGAUGACUGACAUCACCUGCCUGGUUGUCCUGAAGACCUCUCCAGAUUGGGACCAAAUGAUCCCAAGUGCAGUGGAAAGGCUGCUCUGGACACACAACUCCAAUGUUUUUGGACAACUGUCCUUGCACAACAGGUUCUGGUGGAUAUGGUGGAAAAAAUCACAGAAGCUCCUGGACUGCCAGAUGUUUGGAGCUGGGGGGUGUG